AUGAGUUCCCUCUUCCUGAUUCUCUCCUGCCUGGGAGCAGCAGUCUUUCUUUCAGUUGCUUUCCCUGGAGGUGCUGAUGAUGACAAGAUUGUAGGAGGCUACACCUGCCCUAAGCAAUCAGUUCCCUACCAGGUGUCCCUGAACUCUGGGUAUCACUUCUGUGGAGGUUCCCUCAUCAACAGCCAGUGGGUCUUGUCAGCUGCUCACUGCUAUAAAUCCCGUAUACAAGUGAGGCUGGGAGAGUACAACAUCGAUGUGCAGGAAGACAGUGAAGUAGUCAGGAGAGCAUCAGCCAUCAUUCGUCACCCUAAAUACAAUUCAGAAACCCUCAACAAUGACAUUAUGUUGAUCAAGUUGGCAUCUGCGGUGGAAUUCAGUGCUGAUGUUCAACCCAUAGCUCUGCCCAGCUCCUGUGCCAAGGCGGGGACCGAGUGCCUGAUUUCUGGGUGGGGAAACACAGUGACCAAUGGCUGUGAGUAUCAAUAUGCUCUGCAAGUAGAUGUUUGUAGCCUCUCCUGCUCUACCACCACGUUCAUGAGAGCCAAAGCAUGUUUCACCCGACUUCUUUCCUUGUUCUGCCUGCAAGGUCAUCACACUGCCCUGCUACUGUGCCUCAGUGUACAAUGCACUUCAAAUUUCCUCCUGUCCCUGGUACUGGGUCCCAGGGAAAAAACACAUGGUGUCACUACUCUCCCGGCAGACCCUGAACUUCUCCAGUGCCUGAAAGCUCCAAUUCUGACUGACCAAGAGUGCCAAGAGGCUUACCCAGGUGAUAUCACCAGCAACAUGUUCUGUGUCGGUUUCCUGGAAGGCGGGAAAGACUCCUGCCAGGGUGACUCAGGUGGACCAGUUGUGUGCAAUGGAGAAUUGCAAGGAAUUGUGUCCUGGGGAUAUGGAUGUGCUCAGAAAGGUUAUCCCGGAGUUUACACCAAGGUCUGCAAUUACAUUGACUGGAUCCAGGAAACCAUUGCAGCCUACGAUACCCAGAUGGCCUCCUGGCUCAGGCAUGAGUUUGUGGGUCCCCUUGCCCCACUAGUCACGGAACUGUGCCAAAAACAGCCCAUAAAACUGGGUAUAAAGCCCCUUGCACUUGGAGUCCUGGCUAUGUGGGUAUAUCCCGGUGGACUGGAGGCUGGCAAAUGUGACACCCAUCUUCAAAAAGGGCCAGAGAAGAUCAUGGAACAGAUAAUCUUGGGAGCUGUCAUGGAUGAAUUAAAGGUCAACCAGGGAAUCAGGUUCAGUCAGCAUGGGUUUAUGAAUGGUAAAUCCUAUUUGACAAACCAUGUUUUAUUCUAUGACAAGGUAGAUGAAGAUGAGGAGAAGGCCAUGGAAGCUGUAGCUACAGAAACCAUUGUACGCAGAGCUAAGAUAACCCAACCCUCAAGUCUGGUGCUGGAAGAAGAUGAGAAUGCUACUCUGAGAUGCAGUCAAAAUGAUAAUCACAAUUAUAUGUAUUGGUAUCUUCAGCAGCCAGGGAAGGGUCUGCAAUUAAUCUAUUAUUCAUUUGGAGAAAAUCAGGAUUAUAAGGGUGAUGUUCACACUGGAUACAAGGCUAAGCGGUUAAACAAAGAGGAUUUUCCUUUAGAUAUCGUGUCUGUAAAGAAGAACCACUCAGCUGUCUAUUUCUGUGCCUCCAGUUUGGACACAACACUUCAAAGUCACUUGCUUUCUGUACAUAAACUCCUCCUCUCCAGUACCCUCCCUCAGAAGGGAGUAGCUCUCAGCACAGGAUGCUGGAAUGUAGGCCAGCUGGAUCUUCAUAGGGCAAAGGUUGCUGAGGAGCUGGACCAAGAGAGGCCAAGCAGGUUCCAUUUAAUUGCUGAAUUCCUCUUUUCUAAUCAGCUCUUGAUCCGCUGUCACUUCACAACAAUCCUGAAACUUGUUAUUCAAAUCCAGACAUACAAUGGCCCUGGAGUGGGAUACGCCAUCAUGCAGUGGCCAGAAGAUGCCUUCAAGAGCGCUGGGGAGAGUGUGGACCUCACCUGCUAUCAGAAUAUGGAUAUGCGUGCCUAUAUGUUCUGGUACCAGCAGCUGUCAAGGAGUAGUCUGAAGUUAAUAGUCAGCACUGCUCCAUGGCUGCAGAAUUCUUAUGAGGAAGGUUACAGCGAAGCCAAGUUUGAUGUAAGCAGAGAGAACAAACUCUCUGUUAUGACUAUCAAGAAUGUGACAUCCAAGGAUGCUGCCACAUACUUCUGUGCUCUUUUUCUUUCAGUUGCUUUCCCUGGAGGUGCUGAUGAUGACAAGAUUGUAGGAGGCUACACCUGCCCUAAGCAAUCAGUUCCCUACCAGGUGUCCCUGAACUCUGGGUAUCACUUCUGUGGAGGUUCCCUCAUCAACAGCCAGUGGGUCUUGUCAGCUGCUCACUGCUAUAAAUCCCGUAUACAAGUGAGGCUGGGAGAGUACAACAUCGAUGUGCAGGAAGACAGUGAAGUAGUCAGGAGCGCAUCAGUCAUCAUUCGUCACCCUAAAUACAAUGCAAUGACCAUCGAUAAUGACAUUAUGUUGAUCAAGUUGGCAUCUGCGGUGGAAUUCAGUGCUGACAUUCAACCCAUAGCUCUGCCCAGCUCCUGUGCCAAGGUGGGGACCGAGUGCCUGAUUUCUGGGUGGGGAAACACAGUGACCAAUGGCUACCCUGAACUUCUCCAGUGCCUGAAAGCUCCAAUUCUGAGUGACCAAGAGUGCCAAGAGGCUUACCCAGGUGAUAUCACCAGCAACAUGAUCUGUGUCGGUUUCCUGGAAGGUGGGAAAGACUCCUGCCAGGGUGACUCAGGUGGACCAGUUGCGUGCAAUGGAGAAGUGCAAGGAAUUGUGUCCUGGGGAUAUGGAUGUGCUCAGAAAGGUUAUCCCGGAGUUUACACCAAGGUCUGCAAUUACAUUGACUGGAUCCAGGAAACCAUUGCAGCUUACUGAUACCCAGAUGGCCUCCUGGCUCAGUGGCUGCUCCCUUCCUGCCCUAUCACCUUCCUCUUAAGAAGGUAAUAGCACAAAUAAAAAUCUUACUUAAAUGACC